AUGAAGUUCUCCUUCGUUGCCACCUUGGCCAUGGCCGCCAGCGUCAUGUCAGCUGCAGUGCCGGCCAUGGCCCAGCCCGCCGGGAUGGCUGUGGAAAAGCGCCAGUUCGAAUCCAAUGGUGCAAUUCUGGACACUCUCAAGCAAGCCGUUGUUGAGCAAACGACGCAAAUCAAUGCUACCCUUGACGGCGCCCCUGAAAGCCCCUCAACCGAUGAAGCCAACGCUCUCGCCGAAGAGAUCAACCCGCAUUUCGCAGCCAUUGCCGACGCCCUCAGGGAAGCCACGGCCUCGUUCCAGCUCCGAUCUUUGGCCGCUCGCCAGGAGGAGGACGGGGAGGCGGAUUCCUGCGACGCGCAGUGCAUCACCGAAAAGGUGCUCGACAUCGUUUACGAGAUUGCCAGCACCAUCCGCGCAGCGAUCGAACGGCUCGGCCUGCGUCCCCUCGUCGUCCAGAUCAACCCGCUUCUGCUGGCUCUCAGCGCGUUGGUCAUUUCCCUGAAUGUCUUGAUCUCGGGCUUGCUGCUUACAGUGUCGGCUGUUGUGACAACUCUGCUCGGUGGACUGGGCCUCAGCCUGCUGUUGUUGGGUUUCCUUGGCUGA